GUGAGGAUGCAAUGACAGGUGAUACGGACAAAUACCUCGGACCCCAGGAUCUGAAAGAGUUGGGAGAUGAUUCUUUGCCUGCUGAAGGAUACAUGGGCUUUAGCCUGGGAGCCCGCUCCGCCAGUCCAAAAGUCAGUUCGGAUAGGUCCUACACGCUGAACAGAAGUUCUUAUGCCCGAGACAGCAUGAUGAUUGAAGAACUGCUGGUACCAGCAAAGGAGCAGCACCUGACGUUUCAAAGGGAGUUUGAUUCUGAUUCUCUAAGACACUAUAGCUGGGCUGCAGACACCUUGGACAAUGUUAACCUUGUUUCAAGUCCCAUCCAUUCUGGUUUCCUGGUUAGUUUUAUGGUUGAUGCACGUGGGGGUUCGAUGAGGGGUAGUCGCCAUCACGGAAUGAGAAUAAUUAUCCCACCACGCAAGUGUACAGCCCCAACUCGGAUCACCUGCCGCUUGGUAAAGAGGCAUAAACUAGCCAGCCCACCACCAAUGGUUGAAGGAGAAGGAUUGGCGAGUAGACUUGUAGAAAUGGGGCCAGCAGGGGCACAAUUUUUAGGCCCUGUCAUAGUGGAAAUCCCACAUUUUGGAUCAAUGCGAGGAAAGGAAAGAGAACUAAUCGUACUUCGAAGUGAAAAUGGUGAAACGUGGAAGGAGCACCAGUAUGACAGCAAACAUGAAGACUUAUCCGAAAUACUCAAUGGCAUGGAUGAAGAGUUGGACAGCGUUGAGGAGCUAGAGAAGAAGCGUAUCUGCAGGAUCGUCACAAAGGAUUUCCCUCAGUACUUUGCGGUGGUUUCACGAAUCAAGCAGGAGAGUAAUCAAAUUGGCCCGGAGGGUGGCGUGCUGAGCAGCACGACGGUGCCGCGUGUCCAGGCGUCCUUCCCUGAGGGUGCUCUAACCAAAAGAAUCCGCGUGGGCCUCCAGGCCCAACCAGUUCCAGAGGAGAUUGUAAAAAAAAUCCUUGGAAACAAAGCAACUUUCAGUCCCAUUGUCACUGUGGAGCCAAGAAGAAGAAAAUUUCAUAAGCCGAUAACCAUGACAAUUCCUGUGCCACCUCCAUCGGGAGAAGGUGUAACCAAUGGGUACAAAGGAGACACGACGCCCAGCCUUCGACUUUUAUGUAGCAUUACAGGAGGUACUUCACCUGCGCAGUGGGAGGAUAUCACAGGCACCACUCCGCUGACAUUUUCAAAUGACUGUGUCUCAUUCACAACCAAUGUUUCAGCCAGGUUUUGGCUUGCAGACUGCCAUCAAGUACUAGAGACUGUUGGUCUGGCAACACAGCUUUAUAGAGAAUUAAUAUGUGUUCCUUAUAUGGCAAAGUUUGUGAUAUUUGCCAAAAUGAAUGACCCUGUGGAAUCCAGUUUGCGUUGCUUCUGCAUGACUGAUGACAAAGUGGACAAAACUUUGGAGCAACAAGAGAACUUUGAAGAAGUUGCAAGAAGCAAAGACAUUGAGGUUCUGGAAGGAAAACCUAUUUAUGUCGAUUGCUAUGGAAAUCUGGCCCCUUUGACUAAAGGAGGACAGCAGCUUGUUUUUAAUUUUUAUGCUUUCAAAGAAAAUAGACUGCCAUUCUCUAUCAAGGUAAGAGACACCAGCCAGGAACCUUGUGGUCGAUUAUCGUUUUUGAAAGAACCAAAGACUACAAAAGGACUGCCACAAACAGCUGUUUGCAACUUGAAUAUCACCCUGCCAGCACACAAAAAGGAAACAGAGUCAGAUCAAGAUGAUGAGACGGAGAAAGCUGACCGGCGCCAGAACUUUGUCUCCCUUGCUUUACGUAAGCGCUACAGCUAUCUGACUGAGCCUGGAAUGAAAACAGUUGAACGGAGUGCAGGAGCAACAAGAUCCCUACCUGCUACUUACUCAUACAAGCCAUUCUUUUCAACACGGCCAUAUCAGUCAUGGACAACAGCUCCAAUUACAGUGCCUGGGCAAACCAAAUCAGGCUUCACUUCCUUAUCAAGCUCUUCCUCUAACACUCCUACAGCUUCCCCAUUAAAAUCAAUAUGGUCUGUUUCUUCUGCUUCUCCAAUCAAAUCCACAUUAGGAGCUUCUACCACAUCUUCAGUUAAAUCUGUUAGUGAUGUAGCAUCUCCGAUUAGAUCAUUUCGGACAAUCUCUUCACCAAUAAAAACUGUGGUGUCGCAGCCUCCAUACAAUAUACAGGUUACUUCAGGCUCUUUCGUCAGAGCUCCCGCAGUCACAGAAGCUGCUAGUCUGAAAGGGCUGGCAUCCACUACCACAUUCCCCUCUCGGACAUCUCCAGUGACUACAGCAGGAUCUCUCUUGGAGAGAUCAUCCAUAACCAUGACGCCUCCAGCAUCCCCCAAAUCCAACAUUAACAUGUACUCUUCAAGUUUGCCACUUAAAUCGGUCAUCACAUCAGCAUCUUCACUUUUAUCGUCCCCUCUAAAGUCAGUGGUGUCACCUGCUAAGUCAGCAGUUGAUGCUGUUUCAUCCUCUAAAGUCAUGAUGGCCUCGUCUCUCUCGUCACCAGCAAAACAUGUAGCUGGGCACACAGAUGUACCAUUGCUUAAUGGAUCUGUGUCACCUCUGAAAUACCCAUCUUCUGCCAACUUAAUAAAUGGAUCGAAAGCUGCAGCUGUUUUUCAAGACAAGAUCACUGCAGCUGCACAUUCUGCAACUUGUGCUGCUAAUGCAGUUGCUGACACGGCUGAGAGAGUGUUUUCAACAGCUACAACAAUGUCAUUCUCUCCACUCAGGUCAUUUGUGUCUUCAGCACCAUCAGCUUUCCAGUCAAUGAGAACUUCUCCUGCAGGUGCUUUGUACACAGCCCUUGGGUCAAUAUCUGCAACUACCUCAUCAGUAACUUCAUCAACAAUAACAGUGCCAGUAUAUUCUGUAGUCAAUGUUUUGUCUGAACCAGCAUUAAAGAAGCUCCCAGAGUCGCCUUCUCUUACAAAAUCAGCUGCUGCGUUACUGUCACCUAUUAAAACAUUGACUACAGAGGCACGCACACAGCCUCCCUUUAAUCGAACUUCAUCUCCAAUAAAAUCAUCCUUGUUUUUAGCACCCUCUGCUCUCAAAUUGUCCACACCAUCUUCUUUAUCCUCCAGUCAGGAGAUACUGAAAGAUGUUGCUGAAAUGAAAGAGGAUCUAAUAAGAAUGACUGCAAUAUUGCAGACAGAUGUCGCAGAGGACAAACCGUUCCAACCUGAGAUACCAAAAGAGGGUAGAAUUGAUGAUGAAGAGCCCUUUAAAAUUGUUGAGAAAGUAAAAGAGGACUUAGUAAAAGUUAGUGAGAUUCUGAAAAAAGAUGUGUGUUUAGAAAGUAAAGGGUCGGCUAAAGUAUCCAAAAGUGAUCAAGGACACCUCUCUGAGGAUGACUGGGUAGAGUUCAGUACAGAGGAGAUUGAUGAAGCGAGACAGCAAGCUUUGACAAGCCCUCCUAUAUCUGUUCCAGAGAAGGUCCAAAUUAAAACUAAAACCAUGUCGGAAAAGGAUUAUAGCUUGUCAAAAGUUAUUGAUUACUUAGCAAAUGAUAUCGGUAGCAGUUCAUUAACAAACAUAAAGUACAAGUUUGAAGAGGGCAAAAAAGAAGGUGAAGAGAGACAAAAACGCAUUUUAAAACCAGCUAUUGCUUUGCAGGAACAUAAACUUAAAAUGCCUCCAGCCUCCAUGAGGCCUUCAACAUCAGAAAAGGAGUUAUGUAAAAUUGCAGAUUCCUUUUUUGGAACAGAUGCUAUUUUAGAGUCUCCAGAUGACUUUUCUCAACACGAUCAAGAUAAAAGUCCCUUAUCUGACAGUGGCUUUGAAACGAGGAGUGAAAAGACACCUUCUGCCCCACAAAGUGCUGAAAGCACAGGGCCAAAACCACUUUUCCAUGAUGUACCCAUCCCUCCCGUCAUUACAGAAACAAGAACUGAAGUAGUUCAUGUUAUCCGCAGCUACGAACCAUCAUCUGAUGAAAUUCCAGAGCAGAAAGCAGAGGAGCUACCGGCCUCGAAACCUUCCCCUACGUUUAUGGAGCUGGAGCAAAAACCUGCUGGAUCUAUUAAAGAGAAGGUUAAAGCUUUUCAAAUGAAAGCCAGCAGCAGUGAAGAUGAUGACCAUAAGUGUGUCCUUAGUAAAGGUGUCCGAGUAAAAGAAGAAACUCAUAUCACUACAACAACUAGGAUGGUUUAUCAUAAACCUCCAUGCACUGAAAGCACAUCUGAAAGAAUUGAGGAAACAAUGUCUGUUCAUGACAUAAUGAAAGCCUUUCAGUCUGGGCGUGACCCUUCCAAAGAACUGGCAGGUCUGUUUGAACAUAAAUCAUCAGUAACAUCCGAUGUUAGCAAGUCUGCUGAAACUUCACCACAACCUGCAGAGAAGGACAGCAAAAUGAAACCCAAACUGGAGCGAAUAAUAGAGGUCCAUAUUGAAAAAGGUAAUCAGGCUGAACCUACUGAAGUCAUUAUUAGAGAAACAAAAAAGCAUCCAGAAAAAGAAAUGUAUGUAUAUCAGAAAGACUUACCUCGGGGAGAUAUUAACUUAAAAGAGUUGGAAAAACAUGAUGCUUUUCCUUGUUCAGACGAACAAGGUCAGCAAGAAGAAGAGGAGCUCACAGCCGAAGAGUCACUUCCUUCUUAUCUGGAAUCCUCUAGAGUUAACACUCCUGUGUCCCAGGAAGAAGACAGUCGCCCUAGUUCUGCUCAACUCAUGUCUGAUGACUCUUACAAAACACUGAAGCUUUUGAGUCAGCACUCAAUAGAAUACCAUGAUGAUGAGUUGUCAGAACUAAGAGGGGAGUCUUACAGGUUUGCUGAGAAAAUGCUUCUUUCAGAAAAGCUAGAUGUGUCUCAUUCUGAUACUGAGGAGUCAGUUACUGACCAUGCUCUACCCCUUAGUGCAGAGUUACAGGGGUCUGAUAAACGAUGCAGAGAAAAAGUAGCUACUGCCCCCAAAAAAGAGAUUCUCUCCAAAAUGUAUAAAGAUGUAUCUGAAAACGGUGUAGGUAAAAUGUCUAAGGAUGAUCAUUAUGAUAAAGUGACAGUGUUACACUACACUGGAGAUGUUAGUAGUCCAAAACAUGCAAUGUGGAUGCGCUUUUCUGAGGACAGAUUAGACAGAGGUAGAGAAAAGUUGAUGUAUGAAGACAGGGUGGACAGGACUGUUAAAGAGGCAGAAGAAAAACUGACUGAAGUAUCACAGUUUUUUCGGGAUAAAACGGAGAAGUUGAAUGAUGAGCUACAGUCUCCAGAGAAAAAGCAGCAUAAAAAAAAUGGCAAAGAAAUACAUUCUAGCCAGAGCUCUGCCAGCAGCAGCCCUGAGAAAGUUCUGCUCUCUGAAUUACCAUCAUCCGGCGAUGAAUGGAGUAAGGUGAAGCAGUAUGCACACAAUGGGAAGUGCUUUCCCAAGGUGGAUGAAAGAAAAGCAUCCAGUUUGCCCAGCAGUCCUGAAAAAAGGAUAUUUGUGCAACCCACAGAGGACUCUAAACAAACUAUGGAACACAAAGGAAGUGCUCAGCAGACUGGAGUACCUGAGGUUUCACAGACUGGAUUUCAGCUGAAGCAAUCAAAGCUCAGUUCCAUUAGGCUUAAGUUUGAACAAAGUAUAAGCCCAAGGAGUAAGGAUGUAACACAAGAAGAAAAAAAGCUGGAUGGUCAGUCCAAAAUUCCAGUAAAGAAAUUGCAAGAAAGUAAGUUACCAGUGUAUCAGUUUUAUUCCAGAGAGAAACAUGCAAAGCAAGUAGAGCUCACUGAUGGGAGCACAGCUUUACAGAAAGAGGUGAAAAUACAGGAAGAUUUUGUUCCAGGUAGAGGGAAAACUAUCGAAGACUUUCGUGCUUCAGACACACAAAACCAAACAACUGAGAUGAGUAAAGGCGUGCCAGAAUACUUUUCAGAACCACGGGCGAAAGACCUGGUAUACGGCUCAGACUCGACAACGAAGGGACACUGGGACAAAAAAAUCUAUAGGACGUGGGAAAGUCCUGGAACUUCUAAUCAUAAAACACAAAAAGAAAAACUUUCACAUGUGCUGGUUCCAGAUACAGUAAAAGAAAACCAUGUUGAUCAUGCUGAAACUAAAACUGACAAAAAGAGUGAAUUUAUCACUGUGACAGAGCACAAACUGGCAACAAAUGGAAUUCAUUCAGAAGAAGUGAAGGAACUGACUGUAAAAUCUCCCUCAAAAAGGGUUUUAUACAGAGAAUUUUUUGUCAGGGAGGGGGAACGUAAUGGUGAAGUGGCUGAUAAAAUAUCCAAAAGGAAAGAAGAAAUUGCUGUGUCCCAUAUUCCAGUCAGAAUUGUUGAGGAGAAGAGAACCAUGCUUGAUGGUGUCUAUGAACUUUCAGCUAAAGUAUCCCAGUCAGCGGUGAUUAAGGAGAGAGUUGAGAGGCAGAUUGAUUAUGUGGAAGAUGAAAAAAUAAAGCAUUCAGAAAUCAGAAAAGUUACCAAGCAGCAGAGCUCGAUAGGUCUAAGUCCUCCUGUUGAGGAAACGGAGAUAUCUCCUAGCAAAUCACCAGAUUCUUUAGAAUGUAGUCCAGGAAAAGAAUUUCCUUCGAGUGAGUUAGCAGACCCCGGUGCCAGUGAUUACUUGGAUAAAGUUGCACCGCUAGUAAGCACUGAAGGAGUAAAAGAAAUUAAGACCUUACCUGUUUAUGUCAGUUUUGUUCAAGUAGGAAAGCAGUAUGAGAAAGAGGUGCAACAAGGAAAUACUAAAAAAAUUGUCAGUCAGGAGAGUAAGACGGUACAAGAGACAAGAGGGACAUUUUACACAGCUAGACAGCAAAAACAACCUCCUUCUCCACAAGGUAGUCCAGAAGAUGACACUCUAGAACAAGUGUCCUUUAUAGAUAGCUCUGGUAAAAGCCCUUUAACACCAGAAACACCAAGUUCAGAGGAAGUGAGUUACGAGUUUACAUCUAAAACACCCGACUCACUAAUAGCUUAUAUCCCAGGCAAGCCCAGUCCUAUACCUGAGGUAUCUGAGGAAUCAGAGGAGGAAGCAGAGGCUAAGUCCACAUCUGUAAAACAGGCAGAGGUUGAGGAACCACAGAUUGACAAAGCAUUACCUAAUCAUAUAAAUAAGGACUCUAACAAAAGACCCAAAGGUAACAGAGUUGCCUACAUUGAGUUCCCUCCUCCUCCACCACUGGAUGCAGAUCAAGGCGAGUCAGAAAAGAAGCCUCAUUAUUCUACUGAGAGUGAAAUGGAGAUGACAGAAGUGAACUUGCAAGAUGAACAUGACAAAUGCCAACUGGCUGAACCUGUCAUAAGAGUACAGCCGCCGUCUCCUGUGCCACCAGGAGCAGAUGUCAGUGACUCCAGUGAUGAUGAAUCUCUCUAUCAACCUGUUCCACUUAAAAAGUAUACAUUCAAACUGAAAGAACUGGAAGAUGACCAGAAGGAAACCUCAAAACCCAAAGCCCCUGAAAAGAUUGAGAAACAGAAAGAGUUAGGACAUACCACUCCUGGGAAACCUAAUGAGUUUGACAUUGGGCUUGAUUCACCCCAGAAUGAUGUAGUGCAAAAUGGGAAUAACAAUGACCAGUCUGUUACAGAGUGUUCCAUAGCAACCACUGCAGAAUUCUCCCAUGAUACCGAUGCGACAGAGAUUGACUCUCUUGAUGGUUAUGAUUUGCAAGAUGAAGAUGAUGGUUUAACUGAGAGUGAUUCUAAACUUGCAGGUCCGACAGUUGAGACCAAAAAGGAUGUAUGGACUACAGAAGGCAUUCUAAAGCAGACUGAUCGCUGCUUUAGCCAAAGUAAGCUUGAAGUCAUUGAGGAGGAAGGCAAGGUAGGCCCUGAAGAAGACAAGGCACCUUCAAAGGGUCCAGCUUCUGAAAAAGCCGGAGUUAAGAGCGAGCAGAAGUCAGGGGCACAGUUUUUCACUUUGGAAGGCAGACACCCUGACAGGACUGUAUUUCCUGAUACGUAUUUUAGUUACAAAGUAGACGAAGAAUUUGCAACACCUUUCAAAACGGUGGCCACGAAGAGUCUAGAUUUUGAUCCGUGGUCCAAUAACCGAGGUGACGAUGAAGUGUUUGAGACUAAAUCAAGGGAUGAUGAGGCUAAGCCAUUUGGUCUGGCAGUGGAAGACAGAUCUCAAGCAACAACACCUGAUACAACUCCAGCCAGAACUCCAACAGAUGAAAGUACGCCAACUAGCGAGCCCAACCCCUUCCCAUUUCAUGAAGGGAAGAUGUUUGAGAUGACUCGCAGUGGUGCAAUUGACAUGAGCAAGAGGGAUUUUGUUGAAGAAAGACUCCAAUUUUUUCAGAUUGGUCCACAGAGUCCAUGUGAACGGACAGAUAUAAGGAUGGCAAUUGUAGCCGAUCACCUAGGCCUCAGCUGGACAGAACUGGCAAGAGAACUGAAUUUUUCUGUGGAUGAAAUAAAUCAAAUCCGAGUAGAAAACCCAAAUUCUCUUAUUGCUCAAAGCUUCAUGUUAUUAAAAAAAUGGGUUACCAGAGAUGGGAAAAAUGCUACAACUGAUGCCUUAACUUCGGUAUUGACAAAAAUUAAUCGAAUAGAUAUCGUGACCCUGUUGGAAGGACCAAUAUUUGAUUAUGGAAAUAUUUCAGGCACCAGAAGUUUUGCAGAUGAAAAUAAUGUUUUUCAUGAUCCCAUUGAUGGUUAUCCCACCAUUCAAGUGGAACUGGAAACUCCCACUGGGUUGCGCUUCGUGCCGCCCACCCCUUUCCAUCAGGACGAUUUCUUUAGCGACACCUCUAGCCUAGAGUCACCCCUUAGAACUCCCAGUAGACUGAGUGAUGUGUUAGUGACCUCCCAGGGACAUGUAGAUGGUACAGCAGCAGCACCACCAGUGGUGACUGAAGAAGACACUUCACUGGACGACAGCAAACUUGAUUUCUCAGUGCCUAGAGAAGGAACACCUAAAGAAAUUUCCGUAGGCGAGAGCCAGUUGGAGGAAGUGGACCUUAAGGAUUUUCCACGGUAUCUUGGUAGUUAUGGCGGGAUAUCAAAAGAUGCUAAACAAAGGCAGAGUGAAGAGACUAGUAAAACAGGAGUAAGGACUGAACAGCCUGAGAGAGAAAAGUCUGGUACUGAUGAGGAGAUGACAGAAGAAAAGCUUAAAUCUCUGUUUGAGGACAUUCAUCUGGAAGAAGGAGCUGAGUCUGAGGAGAUGACGGAAGAAAGAGUAUGGUCAAUUCUUAAAGGUGUUCAACAAGCAGAACACGAAAUGUCUUCAAUUACAGGUUGGCAGACUGACUCAUCAAGUGUCACCGAGCCACCGACGUCGGGACGCAGAAUAGGUGGUAGCCUGCUAGAUCGCUUGGAUGAUAGCUCGGACCAAUGUCGGGAUUCUGUAACCUCGUAUGUCAAAGGAGAAGCAGGGAAGCCAGAAACAAAUGGAAGCCUCUCUGAAUCCACAGCAGAGACGAAAACUAAAUCUUACAUCCAGGAAUCUUUAAAUGAUGUGGGAAAACAGAGUGACAAAGAAGCCCUGAAAACAAAGCCCCAAACUUCAGCUGGUACUGAUGAGCAAACGUUAUCAUCAACAGCAUAUCAGAAAUCUUUGGAAGAGACUAGCAAGCCAACAACAGAAGGCAACAAAACAUCUGUGCCUGUCAGUGUGAAGAAGAUGAGCUGGAGUACUUCUGAGGAUGGCAAGCCAAGAACAAGCAUCCAAGAGGAGGAGGGAGCAGUAAUGUCUGAACAGAAGGAAUGUAGUGACAGUGAGAUUGAGAGUGAUUCGAGCUCAGAUGAAGAGCAGAGAAUUACUACAAGAGUUUAUCGACGGCGGUUGAUUCUGAAGGGUGAGGAAGCAAAAAACAUUCCUGGUGAAUCUGUAACAGAGGAACAGUUUACCGACGAAGAAGGCAACGUCAUCACGAGAAAAAUCACCCGGAAGGUAGUAAGACGCAUUGUUAUCCCCCAUGAGAGGAAAGUUGGUGAAAUGCAGGGAGAAGCUUAUAAGGUUAAGACAAAGAAAGAAGUCAGACACACGGAGAAGAAAAGUUACUCAUGAAAGCUGAAAGCCGACGGCUGAACGGACUGUGUGCUUUUACUGCCAGUAUUCUAGAGGGACGCUCAAGGAAGAAAAAUCAACAGGAAUUAAACAUUCACCUAUAAAAGUGUGCGUGUGUUUGCUGCUUCCACACAUUAACCGCAUGGUUUUUAUGCAAAAACAAACAAAAAACCCCCAAACAAAAAAAUUAAUUUAGCAUGAGCCAAUUUACAGAGCAUGGAAAUUCACGUUCAUUCACAGGAUCGGAGGGUGCGCAGUUACCAAUGCAGUGUAUAUACAAGAUGCCAUGCUGUUAACAGCUUCUUUCAAGCAGUUUGAUGUCAUCUCAAAAGAAAUAAAUUCCUGUGGCCAGAGGGGAUGUAUGAAGAUGAAAUGGUUAAACCAUGGAAAGACACUAAAAUUACUAAAAUCCACAACAGCUCGCCUUAUUUUUCUUGGACCCAAACUGUCAGGGUAUAAAACACUAUUUGUUUCUUUUUUAAACAUCAAUAGUUUUGCUGUAAAUAAAUAACACUGUAUAAAUUCUAACAAAAUAGAAUAAAUGUUGAUAAGGCACUGCCUUUUUGAUCACAAACAGAAUAUUGCAAAUGCAUUGAGCAGGCUAGGUGUCUCAAAUGGCUGCACCUACAGGGAUAUUCUGGGUGUAUCUUCACAGAUUCUUGUAUAUUAGCAAUUAUAAUGUUUGUAUAUGCAAAAACGCUAGCUUGAUUUUAAAAAAAUCUUUAAAAUCUGCUGCAAAUUUAAAUGAUUCCCAAAAUGAGGAAUUCUGUAGUUCUGUGAAAAUUUUUCUUCAGAGUACUAAUAUUUUGAUGCAUGUGUUUCACCUUAUUUUGAUUAAAUCUUUUCCAGUUUUGCAAACACUAUACCGCAACAUGAAAAAUAAGAUUUUAUCUGUAAACACAAAGCCCUUCAUCUAAUAUUUGUUGCUGUUGCCAAUUUUUCAAUGAAAUGACCUAAAACCCAUAACAUCUACAGUAGUUGCAUUAUGGGGAGGGGGGUGCUAUCUGUUCUCGCUUUAUAACGGGGGUAAUGCUUGCAGCUUUAGAAGUGGGUUGGUGCUCCGAGGAGCACAAGUUUGGGAUAUUUUUAAAUGAAAUGAAGAGAAAUUAUUAGCUAAUAGACUGGCAGCACGCUGUAAAAUUAUUACUGUAUUGUGUACUGGCUAUAAGAUGUAGAAUCUUUCAGUAAGCCAAUCAUCCGUAAUCAUCCUAGCAGUGUAAUAUUAGGUUGUUAAGGCUGCUGUGUUUUAAAGGGCAUUUUUAUUUGGGUUUUGGUGAAAUACUUUAAUUUGUUGAUUAUAUUCAUAUGGAAACAGCAUUCAUUGAUAAUAGCUCUAAUUACAUAUGUAUGAAAACAACAAACACUGGAUGAUCUAGUUGAUUAUUUAAGCAUAAAAUAAAUUGUGUUAAAACUC